UCCAUUUGUAGGAAGGGGGGUCGAGUUGGGCUCAACAUGAACCUGCCGUUCUGACACUCCGGGCUGGGACAAGCAGGCAGCAGCCGGCCGGCCGCCCCCCGAGCAGCAGUCGCACAGGGGAACCUGCCUGGAGCACUUUGAACAUCAGCAACAAGUUUUGACCUGGGUGCUGAAGCGCUCAUGGCUGUCGCUUACGGUGCUGUCACCCAGCCGGGCCUGCUUUCCCAGCAGUACCCACCACCCCUGCUGCCCAAGCCUGGAAAGGACAACGUUCGGCUUCAGAAGCUCCUCAAGAGAACCGCCAAGAAAAAGGCCUCCGCUCAGGCGUCACAGUCUGCUGCACCUUUCCGCUCCAGCCUUUCCCCUGUGAAUGAAGCAAGCCCUGACCUCGAGCACAGUGACCACUCCACCCCUCCCCGGACUCCAGAGACACCAUCCAGCCUCUACAGUAUUCAGCAGCCUCCACGGUUCACAGUCAGACCGCUGUAUCAGCAUGUGGCAUCCCCUUACCCUCAGCGUGCAACUUAUGGCAGAGCAGCAAGAUUCUCUCCUCAGACUGUGCCAAUGCCGUCGUACUCUUACUCACAGCAUGUCACCACAGUUUCUUCAUAUUCAGCAUCAGCCCACCUUACUGGAGUCUCACCAGCUUUGGGGCCAGUCGUCCAGCCGCCGGUAUCCAAAGUAUCUCUAUCAGUGUCUUCUGUGCCUGAGACCAGAGUACCAGCUGCUGAGGUGAAAAAGCCAACUUUCAGCACAUCUGCUGAAACUCAUGCUGGUCUAACACCUGCUGCAGCUGUAGCAGCUCCACAGCCAAAACCCACAAGUCCGGGUCCGACUCCAUUUCCAGCAGCAGGAGGGCAAGCUGUGAUUCGACCUCUCACUGUGUUGACCCCGCUCGUCAAAUCCAGAAGUCCUCGUCCAACAUUCAAAGCAACUGAACCCUCAAGGUCACCAAAGCCGAUGUUUGAUGUCCCUCAAAUUAGGAUGUACACAGCAAGCACAUCAUACUAUGAGACAUCCAGGACCCCACCGGUGUACGACACAGCUGAAUUAACUGCCAUUGGCAGCACAAUACCUCAAAAUAAAAUAUCAACAGAAACAAAACGAGAUUUGACUGAUGUCAGAAGAAGUAUGACGCAGAUGGCUCAGCCUCCAUUUUUGGGCACAGAUCCCCAGAGGACAACACCAACUUUAGAAAUCAAACGAGGCACAACACCAACAGGAGAGAUCAAUACAGCAUUAACUCCUACUCCUGAAAUCAAAAGAGCAACCCCAACAUCUGAAAUUAAAAGAGCUACUCCAACAUCUGAAAUCAAAAGAGCUACUCCUACCCCAGAAAUCAAAAGAGCCACCCCAACAUCUGAAAUCAAAAGAACUACUCCUACCCCUCAAAUCAAAAGAGCUACUCCUACCCCUGAAAUUAAAAGAGCCACCCCAACAUCUGAAAUCAAAAGAGCUACUCCUACCCCUGAAAUCAAAAGAGCCACCCCAACGUCUGAAAGAGCUACUCCUACCACUGAAAUCAAAAGAGCUACUCCAACAUCUGAAAUUAGAGUUAAAACACCAACUUAUGAGUUCCAAAUAUCAAGAACGUCAACAGGACGGCCUAAAACCCCAGCGUAUCAUGUGACCCGGGCUACAACACCUGUCUUUGAAAUCUCAAAACCUAAUCCUCUCUUGUUUGCAGUGACACCAGUCACAGUAGAGACAGAGAAGUCAAGAACAUCCAAAAUGGCUUUUGCUGUGAGUAGUUUGUCUCCUUCCCAAAGUGUGAUGACUAGUGAGCCUAAGCCUCCUGAAAUAGUACUGAAUGGGGACAUUCAUUCAGACAUGAAACCUGCAACUAAGUCAACACCAGAGCCCGCUAUGACAAGAGAAAAGAUCUCUACUUCUCCUGCUGGCUCUCAGAGACCUAAACCUAAAACCCCUACAUCUGAGCCAACAACACGAGUAGUGUCAUCUUACGGCUAUCAGAGGCCUAAGACUCCAACAUAUGAGGCGUCCCGACUUAUGACCACAUCACCUGGCUUUAAAAGACCAAAGACACCUACUGGUGUAUCACCUGUAGCCUUUCAGAGGCCUAAAACCCCAAGCAAAGUGGCUCAAAAGUCAAAUUCUGGCUAUCGUGGAUUGACACCGGCUGAAUAUGCUGCUUAUGGUGGAAUCAAAACUUACUCUCCAGCAUUUGCUUUCUCAAUUUCUAAGCCACCAACUCAAGAGGAGGUUAAAGUUACAAAAGAGGGAUCAGCAGAAUGUAAAACACCGAGCCAAGAACCAUCUGUGAAAGCACCUUCAGCACCUGAGGUGUCUAAAGUCAAAGAAAUCCCCAAAGAUGUAGUUAAACCCCAUCAGAGAGAUGAGAAGGUUCCUGCCAGCUCCUCAAUCCCUAUUAUUGUUGUUUCACAAGCAUCAGACAUCUCAGGAACAACGUUAACACAGGAGGCAAGCACGGUAUCCAGUCAGGUUACAGUAAAACAGGAAGAAACGAUGAUUCAAGAAACUGCAAAGGCUAAAUCUCCAAUAACAGAGGUGAAAACUCCAGAGAAACCGAAGGUGGGAAUGCCAGUUCAAGAAGUCAUCAAACCAAAGACAAAAACUCCGGAAGUCAAACAUCCUCUGCCCAAAGGUGCUGACCAAGAUCCUCUGAAGGCAGUAAGGAAACUUUUAGGCAAAGACAAAGUCCAGGCUGCCGAGCAGAAAGCUGGCCCUGAGACAAAAUCUGACGUCAUACUACAAAAAAUAGAGCCAGUGAAACCAGUAACUGCCACCAGGACUAAAGUCAAAGGCUCAGAGCCAAUCUCUGCAGUGCCUGCUCUGCCUGCUAAAGCACCUGCUUCUGAAUCACCACAAACAAAGGACAAAGGAAAAGACAAGACAGAAGAAGCAGAAAUUAAAUCUGCACUUGAGAAAAAGGAAAGCAAUGAAACCCUCCCAGCAGCCGAACCCCUUCUCAAAGUCAUCCAAAAGCCGAAGGGAAUGAAAUCAAAAGUGAGUGGUUGGUCCCGACUCAAGAAGCACAUGGUAGUAGAGCAGGAGGAGCCCAAAUUUCCAGAGACUGGCUCUCAGAAGGAGACCAUGGGGCAGGACCACGAUGAGGUGAAAAAGGCUGAAGAGAAGGCAGACGACAAGCCCACAAGCACUCAGGAUGAAAACGAAACCAAAGACACUCCCAAGGCAACAAAGAUGUGGGAUGCUGUCCUCUUCCAAAUGUUUUCCACCAAAGAGAACAUCAUGCAUCAGAUUGAGUUAAACAAAAGCGAGGAGGAGAAGGAAGAGAUUAAGGACGACCAGAAAGAGAUCCCUUCGUUUGCGCACCGGCUGCCUGUGCUGCUUUUCAGUCCAAAGUUUGAUGCUAAAAAGCUUAAAGAGGCGGCAUCAAGGCCGGUGACAAAAAUCUCAACUGUGUUUGAAAUGGGUCUGAUUGGGCGGAAAGGUAAAGACGAGGAACCAAAAGACUUUAAUAGAACAGCGAGGGGGUUCGCCGCUACUUAAGCUACGUCUAAUGUGAAGUGCCAAGAAGAAAAUGUAAAGAAAAAAGUUUAUGUUUAAUGUACAGGUGCAGAAACCUUAGCAACAGAAAUAAUGUACAUGUCUGGAGUCUUAGUCUCUGUGUUAAACAAAUGACGUUUGUGACGGUGUUGUAGAAAAUUCGACUUAAAGUUUAUACUUGACAGAUGCUUUGGGUUUGCAAUUGUGUGACUGGUUGUCUGGAUGUUAAAUGUUUGUGUUUGUGGAUUAGUGGGGAAGAGAGAGCAGCAUUUGUCUUAAAGUCAUUCAGACGUCACAUCAGAUUAAAGCCUUUAUGUUUUACGUAAUUUCAGAGCUUCUCAUUUGUUCUUUUCAUCACAUUCACUUUAAAUGUAGACUGUUACGUACGUUAUGGACUACAAAAUAUUUGAUUACUGUAAAGAAAACUGUCUGUGAGCCUGAGACUGUGAUUAUUUAUCUGCAGUAACUCACUCGAGAUUCAGAAAGUUAUUUAUACUGAAAAGCUAAAAAACUUCUAGCAAAUGAUUAAUAAUUAAAAUAUCUGUAUUUUUAUAGAUAAAAAAGUGAAAAAAAAAAAAGACUUAAUGAUUUUAAGACAAAUCAUUUCUGACAGAGAAAACUUCUGUUUCUUUUAAUUAUCAUUCAAAUAUCCAGUUUUAUUCAAAAUGGUGCUACUUGCCUCAGGGUAAGACCUCUCACGAGUUAAUGGAUGUAUAUGUGGAGUGACAUGAUAUUUCAGUUUUUUUAGGCUGUAGAUGGUUACGUUUUAUGAAUGAACCUUCUCAAAGUCACAAUGAAAUAACAUUUUAAGAGCAUCUAAGCAGCCCACUGAUUGGAUGUCAAUCAGAAAGACAGAUUGGAUGGAAACGACAGAGAGGAGGGAGACGAUCGACAGCUGUGAUAGUUUAAUUUUAAUUAUUAACUAGUUUAUUUAAUGAAGUUAACAUGAAAAUGUGCUUUUUUGUAGAAAGCAGAAGAAGAAAAAAAUAGAACUGUAUUUUUUUGUUAAAAUAGUAAAGAUCGAUUACUUGGUGAAUUAAUGAAGUCAAAGCAUUUCAGGAUGAUCUUCUUCAUAUUUAGCUUUAGUCUCUUUUGCACAGUCUCAUCCAUUUAAAGCUUCAAAAUCCACCUCUGUCACCGGUUCAAAUGUAUUGAGAGAACAAAGUAAGAGGUGAAAGAAAAAAUCUUCAUCCAGAUUUAAUCUCAUCACCCUGAUUGUCUACAACCCACGUGUUUCAGCUGCAGCUUUUGUUCUCACGUCUUGAGCCUCUAAUUAUAAUAACUUUAUUUAAGGGGCACUUUUCACAGAUACAACAAGCUGAGUAAACAAAAAGUUUUUGUUGAACUUAAGCAAGUAACUACAGCGUUUGACCUACACUCAGUACAGGCACCUAAAUGCAUCCUGUGUGAUACUGACUCACUGUGUGAGGACUGAAGCUGUUGCUUUCACAGUCCGUGUAGACAAAAUGUAGACGAGACAAGAGUCCUGAACAUUUAUACCAGUUUAAAAAAAAAAAAAGUGAAGCUGCUGCAAUGACUGAUUUCAUUGUGACUUGAAGAAGAACACUGAGCUAAAAGCUUGUGAAAGUAGUUAGAGAAGAUGAAAGAGCAACCUCCGCCAUGAUGGAGGUCAGUGGGAUGCUGAACUGUGGGGUCGAAGGUCAAGAUACACAGAAGGGUUUUAGGUGACUGUGAUGCAGAGCGGGAAAUUUAUUUUUCUAGUUUUAUGCUCAAACCUUCUGGGUGAUCAGAGGUUUGUUUGUUUUUUUAAUGUUCUUUCUAAUGAUUUUUAAUGUGUGUGCUGGAGUUAGGGAUUAAUCUAGAUACUGUUCCUGAUGAUGUAAACCUCAGAGGGUAGACUGUCUGUGAUUCUCUGAAAGAAUCAGAACCUGUCGACACUUUCAAAAUAAAUCUUCAGCUGAG